AUGCUCGCCAAAGCCAACAAGAGUUACGAGGCUAGCCAGCCUCCGCCCUCGCAACGCACCUCCAAAGGCGGCGAGCUCGCCAAACAACUCUUCCCAUCCAGCAGCCCGAGUCAACCUCCUCCGGACAUUCGCGAUCAGCUCAAGCGGCGUGGGCCUCCGCGAUUUUUAGAUUCAUCGCCCUCGACAUUGCGGUUCAGUCGCCCGCAAUGUCAGCAAUCAGACCAUAAGGCAGCCAAAGACAACGGCGUAGCAAUUGGCAACGGAGCCGGCAGGGGAUCACUAGCUUCUCUCUACCGCAACUCCUCUUCCUCCUUCAAGGAGGAAGUCAUUGACUUGACGGGGGACGGUCCCACCAAAGUGCGGCAAGCAGAAGUUUUCUUCGCCGAAGACGAUUUCAGUGACGAUGCCGAUCUCGACCUCGACUUCAAAGUACCGUCGGCCGUAUCGCCGUCAAAAGUCACAUAUAUUUCCAAGUUUUCAGCCCCGAAAGAAAAUAUACCUCCACAAUCCUCAGAACAGAUCCCUUGGUCAUCAUCACCGGCAUCACAUUUUCUACCACCACAACAGCAUCGGAACGGGUCAAAUCUGUCGACGGGGAGCAAUGAGUCUUCAAAACGAGAUUCACCAGGGACUGAUGAUGAUUGUUUCGAAACGCCAGCACCCAAGAAGGCGAAGAAGAGGGCGCUACCUGUCAAUUGGCGACGUGAUCAAGCCUCAGAAGAAGGGUCUUUGGACAUAAAAUCGGAGACUCCGGCAAACAAGCUACAUGCUAGUGGCCUGUGGGACCCGUCUGCCAGCGCUAUCAAGGAACAGAAGAAGCAGCUCAAGAAUCAGAGGAGCAGUAAACAAGAAAUGUCUGCAAUUGCAGCUGAACUUGAAGCUAUGGGGCAACUGCCCCCGUUUGAUCAGUCGGCGCCUGCUCAACGUUCAGAAACCAUCGCGCUGAGCAGCGAGCAGCGACAUGUGUUGGACCUUGUCGUUGAGCAAGGGCAGAGUGUCUUUUUUACCGGACCUGCUGGUACAGGUAAAUCGGUGCUUAUGAGAGCUAUAAUAAGCGAACUCAAAUCCAAGUAUGCACGGGAAUCUGAGCGCGUGGCAGUGACGGCGUCAACAGGCCUCGCUGCGUGCAACAUUGGCGGCAUCACGCUGCACAGCUUCUCGGGCAUCGGAUUGGGUAAAGAAGAUGCCAGUGUUCUGAUAAAAAAAGUGCGAAGAAAUCCAAAAGCCAAGAAUCGGUGGCUGAAGACCAAGGUUCUGAUCAUUGACGAAAUCUCCAUGGUUGAUGGGGACUUGUUCGACAAGCUAUCUCAAAUUGGGCGCACCAUACGCAACAAUGGGCGCCCGUGGGGAGGAAUCCAGCUGGUGAUUACCGGAGACUUUUUUCAGCUUCCACCUGUACCUGACGACUCAAAAAGAGAGUCCAAAUUUGCCUUUGACGCGGCAACCUGGACUACAUCGAUAGAUCACACUAUUGGGCUGAAUCAAGUCUUUCGACAACGUGAUCCGGAGUUUGCCCGUAUGCUGAACGAAAUGCGACUGGGCAAGAUUACGGACGACACGGUACGAGCUUUCAAAGCACUUGAGCGGCCACUCAAGUUCGAUGAUGGUGUCGAUCUCGCGGAGCUUUUUCCUCUUCGUGCGCAGGUGGAAGGGUCCAACGAGAAGCGACUACGAGACUUGCCAGGACAGAUUCACAGGUUCGAAGCUGCGGAUACAGGAGAGCCGGCACUCAAAGAAAGGCUACUUGCCAAUAUGAUGGCUCCCAAGUCAAUUGACCUAAAACUGAAUGCGCAAGUGAUGCUCAUCAAAAACCUGGACGCAUCACUGGUGAAUGGGUCUCUGGGCCGCGUCAUUGGGUUCUCAGAUGAGCGAACGUUUGAGAUGGGUGGAGGUAUUCCAGAUGACCCAACAAUGGACGAGGCGAUGAACAAGGCACGAAAGAAGCUGAGCAGUUUCAGUCGCGACUCUGAGUUGAUAUCGAAUUCCAAGAAGCAAUAUCCUGUGGUGCAGUUCAUUUCAGCGUCUGGAGUGCCGCGAGUGAUUCUCUGCCAGCCGGAAGAGUGGAAAGUUGAGCUGCCGAAUGGUGAUGUACAAGCCAAGAGAACACAGUUGCCGUUGAUUCUGGCUUGGGCACUGUCCAUUCAUAAAGCACAGGGUCAAACAUUGGAACGAGUGACGGUGAACUUGGGCAAAGUAUUCGAAAAGGGCCAGGCGUACGUGGCACUUUCUCGAGCAACGAGCCAGGAUGGCCUUCGUGUGAUUGGUUUCGACAAGCAUAAAGUGAUGGCACAUCCCAAGGUGGUGGAGUUUUAUAACAAGCUGUAUUCGGCGGCGGAAGCGGGCUCGCGGAAACCGAGUUCUAUAUUAGACUUUGUAGCCGGUAGAAGAGGCUACUGA